AUGACGAAGGGCAAGAACAAAAAGGGAAAGAAGGAAAAGACUAAUAAUCCAAAGAAACAGCAAACAAAAGGGAAACUACCGUGCAGAAAUGCAAAGAGUAGAAAGCAAACGGGAAAUAAGAACCUCAAAGGUGAGAAUCUAUAGAUUGGAAGAAGGGACGAUAUAGAUGUAGGUGUCUCUAUUGGUGAUAUAAAGGGAAAGUAAUAAAGAAAUAAUCAUAUUAUAUUUUAUAUAGUGAAUACUGUCAUCUAAAACAAUUUAACAAAGUAUUGGUCCAUCCCAAUGCAAACUACAUAAAGCGAUAGCCAUGUACUGCCACAUAUCCUGCAGUGACACAUUCCAGCAGAAUGUAAGCUCUUAGGAUUAGGGCCUUACUGUCCUGUAGCUCCAGUAUCUAUUAGAUUGUAAGGUUAUAUGAUUUACAGCAUCACUGGGUGUGUUAGAGCAUAGAGUAAUAAAUAGUGUAGUUAUAGUGUAGGGCACGUGCAAUAAAUAAAAAUAUUGCACACUGACACUAUCCAUGAAUUUGAUUUCCCGGUGUAAAAUACAGCAAUUGAGCAGAUAGUAAUAGUUUAAUAUUACAUACACGCUGCCCUUGCUCCGUAUUAGCUAAUAGUGCAUUAAACAGAGCCACCCCCCACUUCACACUCUGCCUCUACCAUGGAGGGCUCCCUCUCCGCCAGAGGCUUGCCAUAUUCACAAUGCCACAAUCACUGGCUGAAUGCCCAGAUCACAGGAUAGUUAAGAUAAAAUACGCAAUGCACUGAUUUACAGUCUUUAGUCAAUUUUGGUGUUGACUUGGUGCCUUAGCACUGGGUCACUCACAUGUACUCUCAUAAUUCUAUAUACAUUGUGUACACUCCACACAGUCCUCACAGUGAAUUGGUUUUGACCAUCACGUCCAUUGAAUAGUUUGCCCCUUACACAUUUUAUGGUCCUUGAGAGGGGUUUAUCAAAGAGCUGUGCUCUAAAAGUGGUGCAAAAUUGUAAAACUGGACGAGUCACCGAUGGCAUGUGCCUGGUUGUUCUUCUGGUUUCUAUGGUGACUGUCCCACUUUUAGUACCUUAGGCCACUUUUGGAGCAAUAUAAUCAUAUAUACUGAGCUGAAAUACAUUAUUCAGGAUAUAUCAAAGAAUCUUUAUAUACGUUUGUUAAAAUGUCCAUAUUUUCCCCCUACAAUAGAUGGAAAUAAAGAGAAACAGCCUGCUCUUUCAUUAGACAGGUUUACCUUCCAUCAGCUCCUUGGAGAAGGCAAUUACGGAAAGGUAUGUAGUAUUUAAACUGAAAAUAUGAUUUCUCUCUCUCUCUACAGGUCCCCAGACUCCAACCUGUAACAUAUUCAAACGUCUACUUUGUCCCCCUCUAGUGUAAACUUUUUCUUUUAGCUUUGUUCCCUCUCUCACAGUAAUAUUUCAGAAUGCUUUCAGCAACAUAAUAUUUAUGGCAUAUAUAAAAAUUGAUAUUUCUAGUUGAUCCAUCAAUUAAUCAAUUAAUUAAUUAAUAGCUACAGAGGAGAUUUUUCAAAAUGCAAAUAUAUGCUAGUUUUUUAGGGCAAAAUACUAAAUAAGAACAAUCACAUGGAAACCAAUAGGAUAUUUAUCAACAAUAAGUACUUUACACAUGGAACUGCGUCUGUUUUGUGUUGUUAAAUCGUCCCCAUAAUAUUUCUAAGGAAAUAAAAAAAAAAAAAGCAAAAAUGAUUUAGCCAAAGUCAAUAAAUAGUUUUAAAAAAUGAAUAGACGUAAAAGCUAUUAAAGCUAUACGGCAGGUAUGACUGGAUUUAUUUUGAAUGACGGACUGAAUAAUGUAGGAGGGCCUAGGCACUUCUGUCUGUGGUCAAUCCACAUUCAUAUCAACUGUUUGGGGUACACUAUGUAGCUAAUAAUUAAUCAUACAAGUGAAGUCUGUUACUAAAUGAAAUGAUUGCCAAACUAGCUACAAUGGGAGUUUUAGUUAUACAACGUUCCCAACCCAGCUUUCAUGGAUGAUGAAUUAAAGAUCAGAGUCUAUAUAUCACAUACUGAUAAUAUCCAGAUAGAAGUUAUUGUAUUUUAUAAAUAAUAAUCUACCUUUCAUCAUAAAGAUCCUCUGAAAUGUUACUUUUUGCUAAGUAUAAUUGAAAUAAGUUGCCCAGUAAUCUUCAGUCCUAAUCUCCUCUGUGUCUUCUCCAGGUGAUGUUGGCAACAGAUAAUGUCACUAAGCAGAGUGUGGCAGUGAAGAUUCUUAAAAAGAAUAUGCUGCUAGAUGAUGAUAUGGACAACACUCUACUAGAACGCUGA